CAUUUGCGUCAGAACCAAUGUGCGGUCUCACUGUUCGUGCGCUGUCUCGCAACGCUGCGGUUUUUGCAUAACAAAAACUUUAAAACAAAUUAAGUUGCAAAACCAGCAAAGCAAACUUAAUCAAAAUUGUUCGAAUCGGAAAAACGUGUAGCGAACUUUCAAAAACCAAUACAAAGCAAUGGGACAGUACACGGCGUCACAGCGUAAAAAUGUGCGCAUUUUGCUCGUCGGCGAUGCGGGAGUUGGCAAAACAUCUUUGAUACUCUCUCUGGUUAGCGAGGAGUAUCCAGAGGAGGUCCCACCGCGUGCCGAGGAGAUCACAAUACCGGCAAACGUGACGCCCGAACAGGUGCCCACCAAUAUUGUGGACUUUUCGAGCGUGGAACAAACUGAUGACGCAUUGGCUGCCGAGAUUAACAAAGCGCAUGUUGUCUGCAUCGUUUACGCUGUGGACGAUGAUGAUUCUCUUGAUCGCAUUACCACACACUGGCUGCCUCUGGUGCGUAACACAUGCAGCAGCAACAAUAGCACCAAUGGCAAUGCCAACGCCUCGAGUACCAAACCAAUUGUGCUUGUGGGCAAUAAAAUCGAUUUGAUCGAGUAUUCAACCAUCGACAGUGUGCUGGCCAUCAUGGAGGACUAUCCAGAGAUUGAGAGUUGUGUUGAAUGCUCGGCCAAGACGCUGCACAACAUUUCCGAAAUGUUUUACUAUGCACAAAAGGCGGUGCUGCAUCCCACGACGCCGCUCUACAUCAUGGAGGAGCAAGAUCUAACGCCCGCCUGCAAAAAGUCGCUGGUGCGCAUAUUCAAGAUAUGCGAUAUUGAUAGCGACAAUCUGCUGAAUGAUUACGAGCUGAACCUCUUUCAACGACGCUGCUUCAAUACGCCACUACAGCCACAAAUACUGGACGAGGUCAAGUCCGUCAUACAGAAGAAUGUCCCCGAUGGCAUCUACAACGAUGCAGUCACCUUGAAAGGUUUCCUCUUUCUCCACUGCCUGUUCAUACAACGUGGACGCAAUGAGACCACCUGGGCGGUGUUGCGACGCUUCGGGUACAACGAUCAGCUGGAGAUGUGCCAAGAGUAUUUGCGUCCCCCGCUAAAGAUUCCUCCUGGCAGCAGCACAGAACUUUCGCAUCGCGGCCAACAGUUUUUGAUAGCGCUCUUCGAACGCUACGAUCGCGAUGGCGACGGCGCCUUGUCACCGGAGGAGCACAAAAUGCUGUUCAGCACUUGCCCAGCGGCCCCUUGGAGCUAUUCCACCGACAUACGCAAAUCGUGUCCCACCAAUGAAGCCGGUUGGGUGACGCUACAUGGCUGGCUGUGUCGCUGGACCUUGAUGACGCUGGUGGAUGUGGUGAAGACGCUCGAGUACUUGGCCUACUUGGGUUUCAAUGUCCAUGAGAACGACAGCCAAUUGGUGGCCAUUCAUGUGACUCGCGAGCGGCGCAUUGAUCUCGCCAAGCGCCAGAGCAGUCGCUCUGUCUACAAGUGCCAUGUGAUCGGACCCAAGGGCUCUGGCAAGACGGGUCUGUGUCGUGGUUUCCUCAUCGAUGACAUGAGCAAGCUGCUGGGCAAGGAGUUCAAGACGAAUGUGGUGCAUUGCAUCAACUCGGUGCAGGUCUAUGGCCAGGAGAAGCAUCUCAUUUUGCGGGACAUUGAUGUGCGACAUGCGCUCGAUCCGCUGCAGCCACAAGAGGUCAACUGUGAUGUGGCUUGCCUCGUUUAUGACGCCUCCAAUCCGCGUUCCUUUGAGUACGUCGCUCGCAUCUACAUCAAAUACUUUGCGGAGAGCAAGAUCCCAGUGAUGAUUGUGGGCACCAAGUGCGAUCUCGACGAGCGGCGACAAGACUACCUAAUGCAGCCGUCUGAGUUCUGUGAAAAGUACAAGCUGUUGCCGCCGCAUCUGUUCAGCCUGAAGAGCAACAAGAAGGAGCUCUACACCAAGCUGGCCACCAUGGCAGCCUUUCCGCGUUUCCAAGCCGCCUGGAUAUUGUUCUACAAGCACAGGUUGGUACAGCUGUGGGAAUCGGCAUAUUUGCGACAAUUUGGACUCAUGACGGAUGAUCACACGGUCUGGUUGAAGGCCGGACUGGGCGUGGCAGCUGCCACAGUGCUGGGCUUCAUUGUGCUCAAGGCUAUAACAGGGACGCAUUUACGUUAAGAGGAGGAAUCAAGUGGAAAAGUGAAUCCCAGACCAGUAGCAGAAUCCCUCAAUAAUCUUGUAACUUUUUCGAGUUUCGUUUCGUUUCGCUUGAAUCGAAAUUUAUUGUUAACAAAGGGCGGAAAGGUGUUUUGCAAUUGUCAUGUAUAUAUAAAAAAAAUGAAAGCUUAA